UGCCAAUCUUUGUUCCAUUCCGAAAGAUAAUUUUGGUCAUAUUAUCGAUAAUAGGUUUUAUUGAUAAGCCAUACAUAGGUCAAAUAUUCAAGUGUAAGUAAUAAACAUUAAAUUGCAUAAUAUUAAUUCUGUGCGUGAUAAUUUGGUAAAUAAUUUUGAAAUUAUAAUUUGGUUCUCCCUGAUGCAAGAGAAUUGAUAUAUUCAAUAAUUUAAUUGAAUGAAAAUAACAACGUCAUUUUAAUUUGUAGGAAGAAGGGGCGAGCCCUUACAAUAAUAUCAUCAGGCGGUAAUUUCACCACCCCAUAGAAACUUGUCUAUCAAUUAAAUUUCGUGAAAAAAAAUACAGUAUUGUCAAUGAGGGAUCCGUUUAUCUGUCCAACGGUUAAGUGUCGGAGUUUAAUAAACUGUUUAAUUAAGAGCGUGUUAGCGGCGCUGGGUUAGGUUAGGGCGAAAGCGCAGUGCGAGUUGCGCGCGCGUCCCGGCAUCAUGCUGGUGUUGGCGCUGCUCCUUACGAUGUGCGCGGCCGCCCGCGCCAGGAACUUCAACAUCACCUACCUCCGAGUGCCACAGGUUGUACCUGCACACCAAAAGGAGGUCGAAAUCGAGUGCCGAUACGAUGCCAACUUCACUCUACUCAGCUGGUUCAAAGGCUCACACGAAUUCUUCAGAUAUCGUCCUGGUACAACACCCAGCACUCGUUCUUUCCCUAUCCUCGGGGUAGGAACAAUAGAAAUGCUGGCCUGCGGUCCUUCAUACUGCCACUUGAAGCUGGGAUCGUUAACUACGGAGGCGAGCGGUUUGUACAGGUGCGACAUUGAGAGGGAUGUGCCUCCAUACAAGUUUGCUACCAGGACGGCACACAUGGAGGUACACGGCGAAGGACAUCGGAGGCCGUUACUGGAAGGUUUGGCUGAGGAAUACAGAGAUGGAGACGUGAUACAGGCUUACUGUCGUGCGUCUCCGGACUCGGAAAUCCGUUGGUACAUAAACGGGCAGGAAGUGGAGGAAAUGCGAGGAUCUACGAAUUUGAAGAAAAAGAGUUCUCGGUUUAUUUUCAUGGGUGUACCGCCGAAGAUAUCAGUGCAGUGCGCGGAGUUUAGACACGAAAGAGUGUAUGGCUCGAAGGAGCACAAAGCUGCGUGGAGUGAGAUCGGUCAGAUGAGCCAAGAACCACCGAAAGCGAAAAAUAAUGCGAAUGCAUCCAACACCCAUUUAGGAUUACUGAGCAUAUUAUUAGAUGUAUUUAUUAGAUACAUUGUUUUAUGCGUAGCGUUGUAAAUCAUGUUCCUCGUAUGUUUAUAGUUGAUUCCAGUGAAGAGUAUUAAUAGUUUGUAAAUGCAUGUGUGUUAUGACAGUGCAAUGUAUG